CUCAUGUUCACAAUUAAAGGGGUGGUUUCCCCAGGAGACGGCUGACAUUUAAGGGGACAGUAAAUUAAUGUAGGACAGAGAUAAGUCUACUGUUGUUAUAUGGUAUAUAUUUUAUGUAAAUUAUUUAUGGUUCUGGAACAAAGUUCAUUUCUUAUUCUUUCUGGUCUUGUAACAUAGUAUUGUAGCUAUGUUAUAUAUUUCCAGUCAUAGAGUCGUUACAGCACAGAAGGAGUCCAUUCAGCAACUUGAGUCAAUGCUGACUCUAUUUAGAGCAAUCGAGUCUGUCUCAUCAGGAUAUGAACCAGUGACAAAGGACCUGUCGAUCAGCAUGUAAUUGCUCCUUCAGGAGCAUUGGAAGGGUGUAUAUUCAGUACAGCUGAGUGAGAAUGGAGAGAGUGUGCCUGGGAUUGACUUCUGAAGAGUGAGGGGGUAUUCGAAGGGGAUGAUUGUCAGACAGAAGUCUCAAACCAAAUUUCAUGUCAAGAUCUGACAGUAGCUUGAUUUAUCGGGACCUGAAUAUCAUUAGGUUUUCAAUGUGGAACGAGAAAGGAAUCACUGUUCUGUCUGCUUUAAAAGGUACAGCAGCAAGACACACACACACACCCAAAUGAGAGUGUUCCAGUGCACUGACUGUUGUAAGAGCUUUAAACAACCUGAAAAAACAUCACCCCAUUCACAGUGAGGAAAGACAUUAUACAUGUUCUUUGUGGGGACAAGGCUUCAACUGAAAGUCGUACCUGGAGAGACACAAGGAUACACACACCAUGGAGAAGCCGUGGAAAUGUGAGGUCUGUGGCAAGGGAUUCAGGUCCCCAUCUCAGCUGGAGAUUCAUCAACGCAGUCACACUGGGGAGAGGCCGUUCACCUGCUUUGAGUGUGGGAAGGGAUUCAGUCAUUCAUCUGCCCUGCUGAGACACCAGCGAGUUCACACCGGGGAGAGGCCAUGCACCUGCUCUGUGUGUGGGAAGGGAUUCAGUGAUUCAUCCACCCUGCGGACACACCAGCGAAUUCACACUGGGGAAAGGCCGUUCACUUGCUCUAACUGUGGGAAGGGAUUCACUCAAGCAGCCCACCUGAUGACACAUCAGGGCGUUCACACUGGGGUGGGAACAUUCACCUCCUCUGACUGUGUCAGUCAAACAUCUGCCCUGCUGACACACGAGCGACUUCACACCGGGGAGAGGCCAUUCCCCUGCACCGUGUGUGGGAAGCGAUUCACUCAAUCGUCCAGCCUGCUCAUACACCAUGUCACUCACACCAUUGAGAGACCCUUUAAAUGUUCUGACUGUGGGAGCAGCUUCAAAAGCUCUCGGGAACUUAUGCUCCACCAGCGCAUUCACACUGAGGAGAGACCAUUCAGCUGCUCUCACUGCGCAAUGAGCUUUAGUACAUCAUCCAGUCUGUGGAGACACCAGCGAGUUCACACUGGGGAAAGGCCAUUUACCUGCUCUGAAUGUGGGAAGGGAUUCAGUGAUUCAUCCAAUCUGCUGAUACACCAGCGAUUUCACACUGGGGAGAGACCGUUCACCUGCACCAUGUGUGGGAAGGGAUUCACUCAGUUAUGUGACCUGCUGACACACCAGCGAAUUCACACUGGGGAGAGGCCGUUCACCUGCACCAUGUGUGGGAAGGGAUUCACUAAUCCAUCCAAUCUGCGGACACACCAGCGGGUUCACACUGGGGAGAGGCCGUUCAACUGCUGUGAGUGUGGGAAGAGAUUUAUUAAUUCAUCUAACCUGCUGACACACCAGCGGGUUCACACCGGGGAGAGACCGUUCAUAUGCCCUGUGUGUGGGAAGGGAUUUACUCGGUCAUCCCAUCUGCUGAGACACCAGCGAGUUCACAAGUGAUUACAGGAGUUGGAUUCUGCCGUUAUUGCUGCUGUUACUCACAUCCAGGACUGAACCAUGUCCAUUCUGACACUUCGUGAAGUGGGAGGGUUGGAGGGUUUCUUUCUGUUGGAUUGGCCGAUCUCACGACUUUGCUUCCAGUGGGCUGAUGUUGUUUGAGCCUGGGAGUACACAUUUCCACUGAAAUGAUCCACAGAAGCUGAUGAAGGACAUUUAUUUUAUCGUGGACAGUAAAUAGUGUUUUUCCUACCACUACAUGUAGAUCUAAAAUAAAUACAUUUGUCUCUGUUCCAUUGAGUCUACGGCACAGGGCCAGGCCAGGCAGCUCAAUUGGUCCAUGUCAGUAUUUAUGCUCCACAUAAGCCUCCACCCAUCCCUCUUCAAUUCCCCCGAUCAGCAUAUCCUUCUAUUCCUUUCUCCCUCAUGUAUGUAUCUAGCUUCCCCUUAAAUGUAUUCAUGUUAUUCACCUCAACCACUCUCUGUGGUAGUGAGUUCACAUUCUCACCACUUGCUGGGUAAAGAGGUUUCUCAUGAAAUCCCUAUUGAAUUAUUGAAUCCCUUCAUCAUCUUAAAGACUUCCAUCAGGUCACUCUUCAGUCUUCUCUUUUCUGGAGAAAAGCAGCCUCAGCCUUUCCUGAGGGUUAAAUGCUCUCAGUUCUGGUAUUAUUCUUGUGAAUCUUUGUUGCCCCUUCUCCAGUGCCUCUAUUUCCUUUUUCUAAAUGGAGAUCACAAAUGUUGACAGUACUCCCAGUGUAGUCUAACCUUGGUUCGAAACAAGUUGAACGUAACCUCCCUGCUUUUCAAUUCUAUCCCUCGAGAAUGGAACCCUAUAUCUGGGCCCCACACUUUAGGAAAGAUGUGAAGUUCUUAGAGAGGGUGCAGAGGAGAUUGACAAGACUGGCACCAGGGGAUGUGGUGUGAAGGAAUCAAGGUCAAAGAAUAUGGAAUUAACACAGGAAGAUUAGCUUAAAAAACACUUUUGGUAAACUCGCAGGGAAACAUAUUGAACAGGGGUCUAAACUCACUUAUUAAAACAGCAAGAUUAAUUUCCUUCACAACCAAUGUGAAUUCACUGAUAAGAAAUCCGCACACCUCAAACAUGGAAUUCUCUGGGUCUUGCUAUGACACUCGCACACAAGCUACAACAUUAGCCCUGAUAAAUAAAGUCACAAAACAGAUAAAUAAAACUCUGGGCCUCAAGUUUUAUUAUAUUACUGGACACAGCACCUUGACUAAGCAACAUUGACUAACAUGAGUGUUACAUAAAGUCCAGUUUUCAGGAAUAAAUUCAAAAUAACAUUUCCUGGAAAUUGUAAUAGGUGGUCCUUUUACCAACUAUAGGAUACUAAUUAGGGGCGGUCUCUGAUUGAUCAAAUGAAUAUCUCCCACGUAACCAUUAAUUAUAAAACCCCAAAAUUCAUGAUAAAUAUCUCAACCCAAUCUUGAAUCUUCAGCUUCGUUAGAUUCUCGUCGAUUGACUUCAGACUUGUUCUGAACCGAACAAAUCUCACGCAUUGGGGGAUUAAGGUAAUAUCACUUUAAUAUUUGAUGGAUAUUCUUACUUUCUCUGAGAACUCUUAUAUCUAUUACAAGUAAAGUUUGAAUUUUGGACUCUCCUGUAGAAAUAUGAAUGAGUUCUCUUUUAUUUUCUGGAUUUAUUUAGCUCUGAAAAUUAUACUCUUUGUAGAAUGACCAAAUCACAUGCUU